CAGGAGCCUGCAGAAGAAAAGCGAGGCAGCGCUGCGCAGAGGCGAACACUGCAGCCUCCAUUAUCGGGUGGACACAGCACAUGAAGCCGACGCCAAACGUGGAUUUAUUCAACAGCACCUGCAUGGGGAGACUCUGAGACUUUAGUCAUUAUCAGGCCUGUACGCUGGGGACCGACCGUCAACUGGAAUGGAACUGAAUCUGACGAAGAAUGCAGUCUCUUGCGGAGACCCAGAGAAAGAGAGGAUCGUGGAGCACCGCAGCGACGACGGGACCACCGAUGACCCCAAGAAGAAGAAGCAGCGGCGGCAGCGGACGCACUUCACGAGCCAGCAGCUGCAGGAGUUGGAGGCCACCUUCCAGAGGAACCGCUACCCGGACAUGAGCACCCGGGAGGAGAUCGCCGUGUGGACCAACCUCACCGAGGCCCGGGUCCGGGUUUGGUUUAAAAACCGAAGAGCGAAAUGGCGCAAGCGGGAGCGCAACCAGCAGAUGGACCUGUGCAAAAACAGUUAUCUGCCGCAGUUCAGCGGUCUCAUGCAGCCCUACGACGACAUGUACCCGGCCUACACCUACAACAACUGGACCAACAAGGGGCUCACCCCGGCGCCCCUGUCCACCAAGAACUUCACCUUUUUCAACUCCAUGAGCCCCCUGACCACGCAGUCCAUGUUCUCAGCGCCCAACUCCAUCUCAUCCAUGACGAUGGCGUCCGGCAUGGGCCACUCGGGGGUCCCGGGGAUGCCCACCGCCGGCCUGAACAACAUCAGCAAUCUCAAUGGCAUCGGCACGUCCACGAUCAACACGGCCAUGUCCUCGUCGGCGUGCCCGUAUGGGCCCCCCGGGUCCCCGUACAGUGUGUACAGAGACACGUGUAACUCCAGCCUGGCGACCCUGAGACUGAAAUCCAAGCAGCAUCCGACCUUCGGAUACAGCGGGUUACAAAGCCCGGGCUCUAGUCUGAACGCCUGUCAAUACAACAGUUGACGGGUCAACAGGCCCGGUGAAAACCCCACGAUGAGCGGACACGACGUAAGCCUACUUUUGGAUUGGAAAAAAAAAUUCAGCUAAACUGGAUUAGUUGCAAUCCUAAAUUUUUCAAAAUGGAUUAUGCGGGUUGUAUGUGUUUACCAGUAAUUUGCACAGCAAUUUAAAUGCCCAUUUUUUUUUUAGGUGAUGAAGACGUGUUACAUUGUACAUACGUGGCAUAACAAAAAAUCAGACAAAGGGAUGUCUGUGCUAAUAUUCGAUUGCGCGCUUUGGAGACGCGCCGCCAUGUGAACAUGUUGUGGCGCAUCACUCGGAUUAGGAAGAGAAAACUUUAAAGUUUAACGCAAACACAACACCAAUCUGGACCCGGUCAAAGAAGAAAGCUCUAUAUUGUACAUAGUGAAAUGACUCUUAUUAUACCGCUUUAUGUGUUUUAGGCCUGCCGAUCUUCUAUGCAGGGGUGCCAGGGGCCCGUUUAAUCCUUUGCGUCCCGUUCAAGACUUUCAUGUUUAUUGCCUAGUUGUUGUUGUUGUUGUUGUUGUUUCGCUGAAGAAAUUUUGUUCUCCUUGUUUAUUGAAAUAGAAAAACCACGCAUGUUUAAAUUGAGUGCAACGUGUUUAUGUACAAAUUGUUAAUAAUGUAAAACUUGCAGAAGUAAUUUCUUUAGUCUAUAGCCUACUAGCCUCCAAAGGUGAUGCAAAGUCUCCGCGUGUUUAUGGUUAUGUUUGUUUGAAUAAACUAAAAAAAUAUGGGUUUA